GGGCCUGUCCGGGGACCGGCCAGGUGUGCGGCUGGAGUUGCAGAGACCAGAGCUACAGAGACAAGGAAGCAGCAGUCACCCUGGGGGCCACAGAAGGACUCUCAGUGGCGUCUAUGGCUGGCCUGGACCCCACACUGAGCACAAGUCACCCAUUCUAUGAUGUGGCCAGACACGGCAUCCUGCAGGUGGCAGGGGAUGACCGCCAGGGGAGACGCAUCUUCACUUUCAGCUGCUGCCGGCUGCCACCCUUGCACCAGCUCAACCACCAGCGCCUGCUGGAGUAUCUGAAGUACACACUGGACCAGCAUGUGGAGAACGACUAUACCAUUGUCUACUUUCACUAUGGCCUCAGCAGCCAGAACAAACCAUCCCUAGGCUGGCUCCAGAACACCUACAAGGAGUUUGACCGGAAGUACAAGAAGAACCUCAAGGCACUGUACGUUGUACACCCCACCAGCCUCAUCAAAGCACUGUGGAACAUCUUCAAGCCCCUCAUCAGUCACAAGUUUGGGAAAAAAGUCACCUACUGCAGCAACCUGCGUGAGCUCCGAGAACACCUUCAGUGCGAUCAGCUGCUCAUCCCCCCGGAAGUAGUGAGGUAUGACGAGAAGCUGCAAAACCUGCACAAAGGUCAACCACCCCCGCCCACCAAGACACCGCCACCUCGGCCGCCUCUGCCCACCCAGCAGUUUGGCGUCAGCCUGCAAUACCUCAGAGACAAAAAUCAAGGUGAACUCAUCCCUCCAGUGCUGCGUUGGACGGUGACAUAUCUGAGAGAAAAAGGACUGCGCACCGAGGGCCUGUUCCGGAGAUCGGCCAGUGCCCAGACUGUCCGCCAGGUGCAGCGGCUAUAUGACCAAGGGAAGCCCGUGAACUUUGAUGAUUACGGAGACAUGCACCUCCCAGCCGUGAUCCUGAAGACAUUUCUCCGAGAGCUGCCCCAGCCACUGCUGACCUUCCAAGCCUACGAGCAGAUUCUCGGGAUCACCAGUGUGGAGAGCAGCCUGCGUGUGACCCACUGCCGCCUGAUCCUGCGGAGCCUCCCAGAACACAACUACGCCGUCCUCCGCUACCUCAUGGGCUUCCUGCAUGAGGUGUCUCUGGAGAGCAUUUCAAACAAGAUGAACAGCUCUAAUCUGGCGUGCGUGUUUGGACUGAACUUGAUCUGGCCAUCCCAGGGGGUGGCUUCCCUGAGCGCCCUGGUACCUCUGAACUUGUUCACAGAGCUGCUGAUAGAGUACUAUGACAAAGUCUUCAGUUCCCAGGAGGCCCCUCGGGAGCACACCCGGGAUACUGUGGAAGUACAACAGGCUGGCCCUGUUACCAAAGAAUUCAUGAAGACGGGCACUCCCCGGGCCUCACCAUACCUGUCCCGCCUCCGUAUCUCCUGACUAGCUUGAGACACCUCAAGAUGGAGACUGGAGAUGCUCCCUUCCAAUCUAGGCAUCUGUGUACCUGUUUGUCUUAUGAACUUACUAUCUUUAAGAAGACACAGGAAUUAAAUGAACCUAGAACUUCCUA